AUAAAUGUGUGCCCAAAACGAAAGGAAAACCUCAAAAUUGGACCUAGGAAACAAAGCAAUACACCAUUGCAGCUCCCACUCUCUCUAAAUAUAUAUAAUAUCAAUAAUAAAUAAAUAUAUAUUAUUUGGAUAGUGAUGGAUGAGCAUGACGAGCAAGAGCACGAGGUCUAUGGCGGAGAGAUCCCCGGCGACGAUGGAGAUAUGGAUGCCGACAUCGACGGCGACGGCCAGGACUACGACGUCGACGACCCUAACUCCAAGGAGUUGGAGGAUAUGAAGAAGAGGCUUAAGGAGAUGGAGGAAGAAGCCGGUGCUCUCCGCGAGAUGCAGGCCAAGGUUGAGAAGGAGAUGGGCGCUGUUCAAGAUUCCUCUGGUACUUCUGCAACCCAAGCUGAAAAAGAGGAGGUGGAUUCCCGCUCUAUUUACGUUGGCAAUGUUGACUAUGCAUGCACUCCUGAGGAAGUCCAGCAGCAUUUUCAAUCUUGUGGAACUGUCAACAGAGUUACAAUUUUGACAGAUAAGUUUGGCCAGCCAAAGGGAUUUGCUUAUGUUGAGUUUGUUGAGGUUGAAGCUGUUCAGAAUGCCCUUCUGUUGAAUGAAUCAGAAUUGCAUGGUCGUCAAUUGAAGGUUUCCGCUAAGCGGACAAAUGUUCCUGGAAUGAAACAGUUUCGAGGAAGGAGACCCACCUCCUUCAGAUCUCGAAGGCCAUUUGUGCCUGCUUCUCCAUUCUAUCCUUCAUAUGGUUAUGGGAGGGUUCCAAGGUUCAGGCGGCCCAUGAGGUUCAGACCAUACUGAUGAUGAGUUUUACAUUGUUGGGGAGGGCACCAACCAUUAUGGAAAGACUAUUAGUUAAAUGUUUUAAAGUGGUCUUAACUUCAGCUCUGUAGUCAGGGAUGAAAGAACUUCUAGCAUCGUUUGCAUGGCAAUGGCCAACUUGAUCAUUUAUCACGAAUUAGAAGCAUUCGGAGAGGAAAUUGUGAUUGUGUUCGUCAGAGCAUGCAUUUAUUUGCUUUUCAGGGGAUAUAAAAAGGUGAAAAUACCUGGAUAAAAUAGCCAAUUGUAGGAGUUGGGAAAUGAUUCUUACUUGUAAUCCCUAUGUUACAUUUGUAAUUUUAUUAAGUUCACCGUGGAUGAGUUAAACAAUUGAGGAUUCAAAUUCAUAUUAGCAAAACAAGUGUUUUUGGAUGGAA